CUUAUAGCCAAACAAAUAAAAGCCAAAGACAACCUGCGUGCAGAAUCAUUGUUCCAAAUUCCAACACCCAGAAAUAAACAUAAAAUCAAGCUCCUCUCCUUUCUCUCCCAGAAACCAAACCCUAACUCGAAGUCUCGAACCACCCAACUCGCCAAAACCAUGGCUCGUCAUCACAGCUCCGACCGAGAAACCGACCCAAACUCCCGACUUUACAACCCAUACCAAGACCUAGACCUCCAUGUUCCCAUUACUAACCUUUACAAGCUACCAACCUCCCCGGAGUUCCUCUUCUCCGAAGAAUCCCUCCACCAACGCCGCUCUUGGGGCGAAAACGUAACCUUUUACACCGGCUCCGGUUAUUUAGGUGGCUCUGUAUCAGGCGCAGCCGUCGGGCUCUUCUCGGCUCUAAGGAAUUUCGAGCAAGGCGAUACUUUGAAGCUGAAAAUCAAUCGGAUCUUGAAUAGUUCGGGUCAUACGGGUCGAUCCUGGGGGAACAGUAUCGGUUUGGUGGGCUUGAUUUAUGCGGGGUUGGAGAGUGGUGUCGUGGCGGUGACUGAUCGGGAUGAUGUCUGGAGUAGCGUGGCGGCGGGUCUUGCGACCGGAGCUGUUUGUCGGGCGGCUAGAGGGGUGAGAUCUGCUGCCGUUGCGGGUGCGCUUGGUGGGUUGGCGGCUGGAGCGGUGGUUGCUGGGAAGCAAGUGUUCAAGAGAUACGUGCCUAUUAUUUAAAAAAAAAAAAAAACGGAAAGAAUUUUCAGUGAGUUGAUAUUUGCUUGAAUCGAAAUUUUUGAUUGGAAAGAAAAAAUUACAAUUAGGUUUAUGUGAGAAAUUUAAUUAAUAUAAUAUGUGAAGUUGAUGUGACAAUUGAUAAAUAAUGGUACUUAAGGAUUAAUGAUUUUUGUAACUUUCUUUUUUCUAAUAUUAAUGGAUUGGUAUUCUAU